CACGGGUCGCGCCGCAGGGCUGGGGGAGGUGGCUAGCGCGGGCCGGCCUGGCUCGGCCCGGCACCAUGUCUGCCGGAGGGGAGCUCGGGAACCCCCUGCGGAAGUUCAAGCUGGUCUUCCUAGGGGAGCAGAGCGUUGGGAAGACAUCACUGAUCACGAGGUUCAUGUAUGACAGCUUCGACAACACAUAUCAGGCUACAAUUGGCAUUGAUUUCCUAUCAAAAACCAUGUACCUGGAGGACCGGACAGUCCGGUUGCAGCUCUGGGACACAGCAGGCCAGGAGCGGUUCCGGAGCCUCAUCCCCAGCUACAUCCGAGACUCCACCGUGGCUGUGGUCGUUUACGAUAUCACGAGUGAGUUGGACCUUCUGCCUGGCACCUGGAGCAUGAUGGGUUGCUGCUGUGUCUAUCUCAACUCCUUCCAGCAAACGGCCAAAUGGAUUGAUGAUGUCAGGACUGAAAGGGGAAGCGACGUCAUCAUCAUGCUUGUUGGCAACAAGACAGAUCUCGCAGACAAGAGGCAGAUAACAAUUGACGAAGGGGAACAGCAAGCCAAAGAACUGAAGGUCAUGUUCACUGAGACCAGUGCAAAAACAGGAUACAAUGUAAAACAGCUCUUCCGGCGUGUGGCUUCAGCUCUACCAGGAAUGGAGAGUUCCCAAGAGAAGGGCAAAGAAGGAAUGGUUGACAUCAAGUUGGACAAGCCCCAGGAAGCACCAGCCAGUGAAAGUGGGUGCUCAUGCUAGCCCAGAGCAGUCAGCUGCCUGCGCUAUCCCAUGCUCAACACCUUGCUGCCCAGAGAAGCCACUGGAGUUGGCAGCUGGGAACUGCAUCGUUUGCGCUUUCUGGGGCAGAAAGAUUGGGAGGCAUGGGGAAAACAUUCUCUUCACAGUCAUGGCACUUAGCUGUGAUUACUGAAAAUCCAUUUUUCUUUGCUAUGUUUUUGUUGUAAAAUGUCAAGGGGAAGGGGCAGAUUGUUUAGAAACUACAAAUAAAAUAGGUUAUACAACUGCCAAAAUAAAAUGUUGAGAAAG